UGUGUUGGCAAGAUGCACUUGACUUGAGAUGUGUGUAAGAUUCGCUUCCAGACCUCUGAUCGAGUCCAAGCUGCUCUUGUUACAAUGCCAUCAUUGCGCACCUCUCAGACCUCUAUCGAACAGAUGCUAAAGAUUUAUUUUCGUUGCUCUUUCAAACAAAGCGUGUCUCUGCAGACCAUAUGUCACACAGCAUGGUUUGACAACAUGUCGGUUACUUGCAGCAUGUGCAGAUACAAAUUUAGCCUAUGAAGAAGCAGCCAAGCUCUAAUCUGCCACCUUCCCUGUUUAGCGUGUUGAAAAGUGCAUGGAAGGUCAUCCUUCCCUGUGGCGCCGGUCUCUUGGAGUCAAGUCCUUCGGACAAUAUUCCAUCUAUAGGUCGGAACCAUACUUGACACAUCCAAAUCUGUCUGAUAUAGCCAGAUUGGGUUGUGUUAUUGUCCGGACCUGCAUGAACGCCAUGCCCAAAACGCGUCUAGCUCGUCGGAGGUUUGCAAAGCUGGCGCGCAUACACAUUGUUAGCUCAAGGCAAUGCCAAUUCGAGCACCACGACUGCAGGAGACCAUGGAAAGGUUCACAGAGAGACACGCGCCACGAGAGGGUGUUGUGGACAUGUAGUAUGGCAGACAGAAGGCAGAAUGGUCGUCAGUUAGAACAUGGAAGAGUGUUCGCGAAGAACCCCGCUUCUCAUCAUGUUUUGUGGAGGAGGCUCAACAACAGCCACCACGACAGCACAAACGAAUGUCUCGGAUAUCGCAUAGGGCUCGAUAGUGGAGAUUCUGCAUGUCGGCAUGGGUAGGAUUCUUACUCUCGUAUAGACUGCAUAGCACAUGAGAGCUGGGAUUCCUUCCCACUUUUGCGUGCCGUUCGACUGGACAGAUGGGAGCUGAAUGCGUGGAUACAGACAACUCAAGCGAGCGCGCUUCGGACUUGGAGAAAGACACUCU